AUGUCUUCGCAACUGCAGCAGCCUCAGCUCGAGCUCACUGAGGAGAGCGUGCAUCGUCUCUUCGUCGCGCACGCCCACGACAAGCCGGUCACGGUGAGCGAAGGGACGGCGGAUAUCCGUGGCUUGGCUGGCGUGGGCCGUCAGAAGCGGCGGGACGGACCGCUCCUCGCGCUCUUGGGCUUCGGUGGCUUGAACGCGCACCUGUUCGGGCAGGCUGUCCAGAGCAGUCCGCACGGCAGGGUGCCUGGCCGAAGCUGGAGGCCGGCCCAGCCCGGCCACGCACAUCUCGCCAGCUUCCUGCGUGUGCCGACACAGAAGAUGGCCAGCCAGAGCCGAGUGGGCCCGACGCCGGGACGGGCCGCACCGCAGUCCGAGGCCGACCAGCUGCUGCGGGAGGCACUCCGGUACCAGACGGUGGAGCGGGCAGCCAGCUGGCCCCUGGUCACCAAUACCACUGCCGACCUGCUCACCUACUACCACUCGACCAAGAAGCGGAGCGACUCGCUGCGAAUGCUGCUGACGUUCAGCGAGGUGCUGCUGAGUAUGUACUGCCGUCUGUUGGUGCUGCCCAUCGCCCGCUCGCCUUUCGCCCGCACGCCGCUGAAGAUUGCCGACCACUUCACCAGCAAGGGUGCCCGCCUGCUGGAGGCGGCCGUGCCUCGGCUGGUGGAGAAGCACCAGCCGCUGGCCGUGGACGGCGAGCUGCUGGCGACUCUGGUGUUCCUGCCGCUCAGCCUGUGUCUGGCAGCGGCGCACGGCGUGCUCGAGGGCGUGGCGGACCGCUUCGUCAGCGUCUUCCCGCCGCUUAGAGAGGCCGCUAGAGAUUUUGACAAGAAGGGUCUGGUGGGCCAGUGGGUGACGCUGCUGCUGAUGACCUACGUGUACCUGCCGCUGCAGUUUGUCUCGCACCCGUCAGAGACGAUCCAGCAGAUUUUCUCCAUACCGUCGCGCAUCACAUGGGCGGUCAUCAACUGGAACAUCGGCAACCUGAUGGCAGUGCUGAACGAGGUGGCCGGCUGGGUGGAGUGGGCACGUGACACGGCCGCCUACUGCUUCUACACCUGGCUGGGUCUCGUCAUCAUAGCCGUCGAGUACUGGUACUACGCCGUCUUCAAAGUAACUGGACUGGAACGCAGUCUGAUGUCGUUGGUCAGGUCACUUCGUGACUACAUCGAAAAUGGGGAUGGAGCCAUCGCCAAACUGCUGAGCUCGCUGAGCCAGUCUCCGAUGGCACAGUGGCUGGCCGACCAGCUGGCCAACUCUGAGGUGGGCCUGGUCCUGCUGCUGAAGAGCCUGUGGAACGGCCUGGACGAGCGUGAGGACCUGAAGCAGCCGCGGCGUGCCGGAGGUCGGGGCGUGCGCCUGGCAUUGCCGGAGGGGGCGGUGGCGGGGCCGGUGGCCCGCGACCAGCUGCUGCGGCGCGACCUCAGUCCGCAGCGAGCAGCGGCGGUGGCCGGCCCUUCCGCCUCCCACUGACGGCGGUACCAGCACAGCAGCGGACCGGACCAGACCAGACCGGACCGGACCAGACCGGACCGGACCGACCGCCGACUCCCGCCACACGCGGCGCCCGCCGUCCGGCCCUGCUCGGCCGACGCUGACGGCGGACCAGUCGACCUUGCCCAGCCACAUGCAACAACGCACCUAGUUGCUGCCUUCUGUUGGACCAUCCCAGCUUUCUGGUUAAAAAGCAGCCUGCAACCUAAUUCUGUGCUGCUAAAAUUGGCGACCAAAGUUGCAGAGAAUCUAAGUGUAAGGUCGUAUUCCAUUGAGCUUCCCUAGUCUUAUAUAAACGCUCGUCGUAUAACGUUGCCCGCCGCUUCUGGCAUUACUAUUAUCAACGUUAUGCUGUAUGAAUUGCGCUGCUGCUUUUGCUUUGCACGAGCCGUGCACCUCCAAUCGUAGCAUUCAUUCGCACAACAAAGACACAGACUUGCUGAUGCUGAAAUGUGUCCUUGUAACCUACCGAAUGAUGAAUGCAUAUGGAACCGCAUCGCUACUCUGGUAGAUGGUACUUGGGAACCUGUGUUUACAUUGUGUUUAAACUCGCGGAAUUUGACAUCCGUUCUUUGCCUAUUGAUCAGCGAUAUGAUGCUCGCGGUGCACUGCGUUUUACUGAAAUAAAUGGACAAUGUUUCA